GGCCGAAGUAUAGACAGUGGUGGCAGGUGUUCUCGACCGGUAGGACUGAAGAGAGAGAUUGAAGCGUCUUCUCAGUAUAUACUGAGGCAGUGCAACAUUGUAAGCAUAAUUCGGCUCAAAAUGGAUUCCUCUUGGGUGGAUUGUGGAUAAAGAAACAGCUUCGUGAAUAUAUAAAUAAAAUAAUACCAUAUUAUUUUAUAGAAAACCUACAAUAUUACAUCAAACUGGAGCAGUGUGUAAGACAACAUGUAACCUGAGAUGUAACGCGCGCUAAGUAAUGGAAUAUUUAAAUUAAAAAGUACAAAAGCAAGUUAGUUGUUUUUUGUUAUUGCGAGCGUGAUAUGGCUUCUUAUGAGUGUUAGUGAAUAAACAGUGAAUAUGAUUCAAACUGAUGAAGUUAAUUCAUUGUAAAAGUGACAUGGAUAAGAGCCCCCUUCUAUGAUGUUUCGGAAGAUAUAUUUAGUCAAAACAAGUGCCUCGUAGGUGAAGGAAGGUGUAGUGUGAUUAUUUUUUGGAAAUAAGAACAAGAAGCGGAGAAAAAGUGUGACAGAAGAAAAUCUUGAAGUCAGGUGCUGAUCGAAACAUGCAUUAUUUCAAUUAAAUAUUUCUUAAUAAGCGGACAUUAUUAAAUGCAAACUUGUGUAAAAGCAUAUUACUUGAUAUACAGGAGAAGUGGUGGAUUUCUGACAGUAGACAAAAGCGGAUUAAUAAUUCAUCUCGAAAAGAUCCCGAAGCUGUAGCCAGCAACUUCCACGAGUUCAUCUUUUAUCUGAACAACGAAGUCACACAGGUUUCGGGAAAAGAGCGAACCACACCGUGACUGAGGAAGAUGGCAGCAAAAUUUAACCUACUGGAAAAUGGACUGUGGGCAAGGAAGAAGAGUUACAGCAGAAGCAGGGAGACCUGGAAAUAAACUUUAGUCAUAUUACUACUUUACAGGAAGUUCGAAGUUACAACAAUUUUAUCGGCGAAGGCGACAAAAAACCAUGCAGUGCGAAGCUGUUCUCCUGGGUAGGGAACCGGUGGAUGGGGCAGUAGACGCUUCUAGUCUCGCCACAUUGAUUCGCUCUCUGUUGCCUGCAACUCGCAACACAGCGACAAGUAGUGGAUGGGCGAACACCGGAGCUGAGCGGCUCCAUCGGCGAUAUACCCUCCGCUGCCAUGAUGGCCUUGAAUUUAUCAAGCGUCAGUUACACCAUAAACACCAAUCAAAAAGACACGACGAUGAAGGUUUUGAAUCAGACGGUGAUGACGAUUCAGCAUCAACUAGAUCUCUAGGAUCAUCGGCUGAUGAUACCAUGAGCAACUCGUCAUCAUGCUGUUUUGUUGACGACCAUGUUUUUAAGUGCCAUCCAACGGCCACAACUCCAAAUGGACGACCAACAUCUUCAACACGCCUAACUUCCUCGUCCACAUCAUCUUGUGUCUCUUCAGUCGCUACGGAUAGUGCAAACAGCAGUGGAACUUCAGAUACUGAAGACACUUCGGUUCCGUCGACACCUUCCCCAACAGCGGUGGGUACAACAUCUGUGUCCGCUUUGGUCAAAUCCCUUUCACUCUUUCAGCAAAGAAAUGCUGCAGCGAUGGUUUCCAAACCACCACCACCACCACCACCACCACUGCCACCAGCUUUGGCCAGUAAAGAUGUGCAUGAAGAUUUGAAAGAAACAUAUGCUAUUAAUGAAAUUGCAUUCUGUCACACAGAUCCUUCAUUUCAACGUAUUGUAGUCUGGGUUGUAAAGAAAAAGAGGUCGCAGAGACUGUCUCCAUCUGGUACGGAUACAUCGUCUGGCUUGGAAGCCAUAGUAUUUGAGUGCUCAAGUGAGGAAAAUAUGAAGAAACUGUGUCAGAGCUUCCACGAGACAAGCAGGCGUGUUAAAAUGGAGCAGUAUCGACAUCCCCACAGACGAAAAGAUACUUCUCCAGCACCAAAUAGGACACGUUCAUCAAAUACCUCUUCAAACUCCACCCUAACACCAGAAUCAAUAAUUAAAGCCUUAAAGGAAGCAUCACAGAAAAAUCCUACGCUUAUAGCAACAAUGAAACCAGUAACCACACCCAUCCAUUUGCCAAUGACAAGAACCUCUUCAAACAGCUCUGGUCCUAGCAGUGAAGCUGAAGUCCUCUCAACAGUUGCAGGAACUAGGUUCAACUUAGUACAGAGGACGGAUGGAGACGGAGUGACUCAUAUUGAAGUCUCGAGGGGUCUUCCGAUGGAAAAUCCAAUCGAGAAUUUAAUAACUUUAGAUGAUGAUCAAAGUUUGGGUGGACCGUCGAGCAUUAUAAGCAUCAGUACUCCAGAUGUUGGUAAUCUUUUAGCAACAAACACGAACACCGGGAAUAAAUCGAGGUUCUGCAAAGAGAUAGAAGGAGUAAUUCGUUCGGAUGUUGAUGUUGGAGGAACUCGGAAAGAAAUAAUUCAAAGACAAAGGCAGCCUGCGAUACUGGUAGUACAUUCUGGUAAUGGAGAAGCUGAUUCCAGCGGAGAAUUGAGGAAAGUUUGGUCUCCACCACAGUCAACAAAUGCGCCCAACGCCUCAACGGAAAACGGUGAACGCAACACCUCUUCCUCAGAUCCUCCUCAACGUCCAGAGAGAAAGAAAUACAUGCGCAGAAACAAAGCACCAGCCCCGCAACCGCCUUCACUUCCCUCACAAGUAACAAAAGUGCCACAACAACUGGAGUCAGUCAAUAACAAGAAACUACCUUUAACACUCAUCCAGUCGGAUACGAAUGCAACUGUGAUGCAACAGAAAAGAGUCAAUAAUACUAAUCAGCAAAUGGUAGUUAAAGGGCAGUUCAUUAGGGUAUCGGUGGACCAAAAACCUCAACCGACGAUGGUUGUGCCAGUAAUUCAGCAAGGCACUUGGAUUUAUGGUAAUAAUGUUAGCACUGGGAAUCUUGUAGCAUACUCUCCGGCACCUCCGAGCUGGGGUAUACACGUCACAGCAGCCCACAAAUCUGGUUCAAAUAAGAAUCAUGUAAAGAGAAAGGAUGCUGAAGACUCCGUGAUCAACUCUUCAACCACGCCUCAAUAUCAGCCGCAACAGCAGAAACAGGAACCCCAGAGCCAGCAGCAUUAUCGGAAAAACAGGAGUCGCAGUCGCAACGCUAUGAACGGAAAUCACCGGAGUAAGAGCCCCCCCGCAAGAAGGCCGAUGGCGUAUCGUUACAUAGACACAGUCCCUACUUCAAAUACUGCCAACUCCUUGUCCAACAGAUUCUUCGGCCUGUCUCAAAAAUUAAGGGAGAUAGGCGGCGCUGUCGUCAAUCCGUCUUCGUCCUCAUUGUCCUACGGCGAAACAAGGCGGAGAAGAAACAGUCUCGGAGAACUGCCAGCGAGAUUAGAAUAUCUUGGUGAAGGGUGUGCAGGAGGUACAGAAGGGAAGAAUGGAGGAAAUCUAAAGUCUGUUAUAAAAAAGAACAGGAGGAUAGGAGAAUACACCGAGCCCAAGAAAGUCACGUUCAGUGCCUAUGCGACCGUUCAAGUAGUCGAUUAGAUUAUUUCGAUAUUUUUCAGUGAUUAACAGAAUUAUGGAUUUGACGCUUGUAUCCAGAAGUCGAGAUGUGAAUAAUGCAAAACAUGAGUACCAAUUGAAGGCUUUUGGAGAAUGCCUUAAACAAAAGAUGGUAUUUGAAGCCAUUCGUCUUCGAAGAGAUACAUAUUUGUGCCAAAACUUUGGAUUGUAAUGAGCUGCUGGUUCUACACAAACUAAUCAACCAUCAGAGAUUUCUGAUUCUCAAAUAUAUAUUAUUUUUAAUGAAUCACAAUAUAUAUGACCAAAAUCACACAUGUAUGUAUGGGUGACUGUUCAACAAUAAAUGUGCUAUCAAAAAUUUUACGUACAUAUUUGAGUGGCACAAAUAUUUUCGAGUAAGGAAUGUGUAAUUUUUAAGUAAGAAUUGUCUCUUUAUUUCACUUACAAACUAUAAUAUUCUACAAUUCGCAAAAAUAAAAAAUUAAACCUACAUAUUCAAUAUUAACUGAAACAGUUUGAUCAGCAUUUAUGAAAAGUAUAUAUAUAUAUACACGUAGAAACUCUUCAAGCAAAAAAAUGUCAUUCUGUAAGAUACAACUAACGUCAAUAGUUUCUUUGUGAUUUAGGUUUAUGGAGUGAUAUGAAAGAGAAAGGUCCUAAAAGAUUUAAUUUUUGCCUGCAGUAUUAAGGAUCGUGAAAGGAAUUAUAACAUAAAAUUGUCGACUAAUGGACAUAAACGAGGGCUCUAAUUCGACGAUGGAGAAGACUUACACGGGAAGUAAAAAAGAGUGGAAAAUUAUGUAGGCUACAAUCUUUUAAACUAAUUUCUAAAAUUAGUUUCACACAUGAAGUAAAUGUUUCGGUCACUGGAACAUGCAAAAAAAUAUAUUCAGCAAUAGUGAACACAUCCUUCACGGUUUGACAUAGAUAAUGUUAUGGAGUCAGUAACCCUCAAAACCAAGUGACCUCGAAACAGACGUGUUUCUUUCCUUUUGUGUGUAGGUGUGUUCGCUCGUAGUAGAACGAGAAAGAUGAUACAUGCGAAAUACGUUUUCCUCUCACAGCUCAGGAGAGUGAUGUGAUGACAAGGCAUUUUCCUAGAUCUGAACCGAAAGUCACCAUAUUAAACAAAUCUAAGGGAAAUAUAUGAAUAAUAAUAAUUUUUAUCGGCACUUAAAUGUGACAGGUGGUUACAUAACUGAUAAUUACAGUUCAGUGUACCCAAACAAAUAUAUUCUGUACGUAGCCUAAAGAUUACACAACGGGUUCUGAGUCACAUAUUGCGUAAAUGCAAAUAAAGUCCAAGAAUGAGAAAAGAACCUUUCAAAAUAAUCGCUUCCAGUAAGGCACUUUAAAAAAAUUAAUCUAAGAGUUACUUAUGAUAUUAUUUUAUUUUCAUGAAUAUACUCCGAUACUUAUUACUCUUUAGAUAAUUAUCAUAUUUACAUGACUAAAAUGGACUUGUCUGAGAAAAAUGAGACUUUGGUGAAACUUCUUGCUUAUAUUAAUUAGAACAGAGAUCUGGAUUAUUUCUUCGUAAAGCCGUGGAAACUAAAAUUUAAACUUAGUCCAAUAUUAUUAUUAAAGGUGUCAUUUACUUCACAAUUGACAUAACCGAAGAAAGCAACUUCAAACGAUACCUAUGCAAUAUUUAGAUAUUUUGUGAAACAAAUUAAUCUUUUUUUCAAAAGUUGUAUUAAUCAGGUCUUCAAUUUCCUUACUCAAAAGUGUUCUGAGCACAAGCCACUGUUCUAAAUCAAGUGAUAUAAUUAAUUUCACAUUACUGUUUUUCUUCUAAAUAUGGAUCCGGUUUCUCCGACAUCAUUAUGUAAAAAAUAUUUAAAAUAUUCACAAAGUGUUCUGCCCAAGACUGUAAAUUUUCUACUUACGGAAGCUUACGAACUGUUUAAAAUUUCAUACGAGUUGAGUAAGUACAAAAGCAACACAAUAUUUUACUGAUACCUCAGGUCUCAAUGGUUUAACAGAGUUUUUUUAAUGCUAGUGGGGUGGGCCUAAGUCCCUUGUACUGCGGCCACUUCUGGCCUAUUGUACCAGCCCCA